AGGACAUAGAAGGUGCCACAGAUGCCCGUUCUAUAAGCUCAAUUUGCUGCUCUCUCCGCCUGGGAAGCAUCGGACGGCGGCUCUCGGAGCCCACACUAUCGCCAGCUUUAUUAUAUAUAAUGGCACUGGAACGAUCGAAUUGUGGCUCCUUUUGCAUAUUAUUUAUAAAAUGGUAACAAGCGGUAAGCAUGACGCCCAUGAAAAUUCCAAUGCAGAAGAGUAAUCCGACAAGAAUCCACGGGAAAUCAGAUGGCUUGAAGGAAUAGGAACUUGGCUGGAAAAAUCGAAAAUUGAAUGUCAGACUUGUAUCGAAAUAAGAAAAUUUUGGCGCCGAUGGUUCGUGCUGGAAGGACACCCCUGCGGCUUUUAUGCCUGAAAUAUGGCGCGGAUCUCUGCUACACCGAAGAAAUCGUCGAUAAAAAAUUAAUUGAAGCGACCCGAGUUGUCAAUGAAGCUCUCGGAACAAUCGAUUAUCGAAACGGAGAUGAUAUUAUUCUGAGGCUAGCACCAGAGGAGAAAGGGCGUUGUAUUCUGCAAAUCGGCACCAAUUCCGGAGAAAAAGCGGCGAAAAUCGCCCAGAUUGUUGGUGAUGAUGUGGCUGGAAUUGAUGUCAACAUGGGCUGCCCGAAGCCAUUUUCGAUUCAUUGUGGAAUGGGCGCGGCGCUUUUGACUCAAACCGAAAAAAUUGUCGAUAUUCUAACAUCGCUAAAAUCCGCUGCAAAAGUCCCUGUAACCUGUAAAAUUCGAGUACUCGAUGACCCUGAAGACACUCUGAAACUGGUCCAGGAAAUCGAAAAAUGCAGAGUUUCAGCGUUAGGAGUACAUGGAAGACGGCGUGAUGAACGGCAACCGGAUAAAUGUAGAAUUGAUGAGAUUCGUGACGUGGCACAGGCGGUUCAAAGUAUUCCCGUUAUUUCAAACGGUCUCUCCGACGAAAUCGAGCAAUAUUCAGAUUUUGAGAAAUAUCAGCUGUUAACCGAGACAAGUAGUACAAUGAUUGCCAGAAAAGCCCUCUCAACUCCGUCAAUUUUCCGUCGGGAAGGAUGUUUAGAUAAAUACGAAGAUAUUCGAAAUUUUCUGGAACUCGCGUGCCAAUACGACGAGUCUUACACUAUGACAAAAUACGUUGUUCAACGGAUUCUGGGCGCCGAUCAGGAAUAUGAUCCACGUGGAAAGGCGACGGUUGCCGCCGGAAGUGUACUGCAGAUUUGUAAAGCGUUUGGAAUGGAGGAUGUAUAUGAUAAAUGGCGAGAUGAACGAAAGAAGAAACAGAGUAAGAAGCGAGCUCGUGUUGACGAUGACGGUGUUUAUAAUAUUGAAGUCUCAUUUCCAUUAAAACGCCUGAAAAACUCGGUCGGCUUCUCGCCAACGCCCAAAAUGGUGCUUCACGACUAUUGUGUGGAGACGAAGAUCCCAAAAGCCACGUAUGAGGUCGUAAAACGAGAUGAUAAGCGAUUCGUGGCGACGGCGUGUAUUGGUGACAAGAAAUAUCGAUCAGGAAUUGGACAACCGAAUUUAAGAAUGGCUGAGCAGGUCGCCGCGCUCGCAGCCUUACAUGGAAUGAAUAUUCGGAAUCUUUUGGUUGGAAAUUGGGAAGAAGAAUGAUGUUAAAUUUGUUUUUUGCUAUUUUUUUGUUAAAUUAUAUUGAAAAAUUGUUUGUUUU